GUGGCGGGGUGGCAGGUUGGUGUUGUGCGGUGGCGUGUAAACGCACCCGGUUUUACAGACAGGAAAAACAGAGCUUUCAGUCGGUUUGUGAUAAUUUAGUUGGUUGUGGUGGCGUUUCCGCUUUCAGAGGCUGAAAUUUCAGACACUGGGGAUAAUUGUUUGGAAAUGUAUUAAAAUAAGUGAUCAUCACAAUGGCGAGAGGAAUAUUGCGCGUUUACUACACGCGAAGGAAUCUCCUAAACAAUGUAGAUAAACAAAUAGUCCGCACUUCGAAUUUCCAUAAUCAGUGCCCCAAAUAUAGAAAAUUUUCAAGUCAGGCGGUUGUUGAGGGAAUCCCCUUCGAAAAGUUAUCGAUAGGGGUACCCAAGGAGCUGUGGCAGAAUGAGAAACGAGUGGCUUUGACUCCGGCUGUGGCUCAGACUUUGAGCAAAAAAGGCUUUACCGUAAAUGUGGAGGAAAACGCCGGUUUGGGGGCGAAAUUCCGCAACGAGGAUUACGAACAAGCCGGCGGUGUGAUAGUUGACAAGAAACGAACGUUCGAUUCUGAUAUUAUUUUAAAGGUGAGGCAACCCCUAGACACCGAAUUAGGCAAUUUCCGCGAAGGCAGCACACUUAUAUCAUUCCUGUACCCCGCUCAGAACAAGAGUCUAGUCGAUAAAUUAGCCGAACGCAAAAUCAACGCUUUCGCAAUGGACUGCAUUCCACGCAUCACCCGAGCUCAAGUUUUCGAUGCUUUGAGCUCCAUGGCUAAUGUGUCCGGUUACCGAGCGGUUAUUGAAGCCGCCAAUCACUUCCCCCGAUUUUUUUCCGGUCAAAUCACAGCUGCUGGGAAAGUCCCCCCAGCUAAAAUCCUUGUUGUGGGGGGCGGCGUCGCUGGACUGGCCGCCAUCGGUCAGGCAAAAAGCAUGGGGGCUAUAGUCCGGGCGUUUGACACCCGAAGCGUGGUCAAAGAACAAGUCGAGUCAAUGGGGGCCGAAUUCCUCACAAUUAAUAUUGAGGAGGAAGGGGGCACGUCAGGGGGCUACAGUAAGGAAAUGUCGAAGGAGUUCAUCGAAGCCGAACACGCGCUGUUUGCCAAACAGUGCAAAGAAGUGGACGUGGUUAUAACCACGGCGUUGAUUCCGGGCAAAAAAGCCCCACUUUUGAUCCUUAAAGAGCACGUUUUGUCGAUGAAACCCGGAAGUGUGAUUGUGGAUUUGGCCGCUGAGGCGGGCGGUAAUGUCGAGACGACGAAACCCGGCGAAGUCUAUAGCUUGAAUGACAUCACACAUAUCGGUUUAACCGAUUUGUCAAGUCGGUUGCCGACGCAAAGCUCGACACUGUAUGCUAAUAACGUGUCAAAGUUUUUGCUAUCGAUGGGAGAGAAAAACCAUUUUCGUAUUAAUCUGGCCGAUGAGGUGGUCCGAGGAAGUAUUAUUUUGCAAGAAGGGAAGUUGCUGUGGCCGCCUCCGGCACCCGUGGGGCCUCCGCCGCCCCCGCCAGUCAAAAAGACCGAAACCAAAGUACAGGAAACUGUAGCUGAAAGCCCGCUAAUGGCUACUGUUAAAGACUCACUCUUGUGUACCACUGGUAUUGGCACGAUAUUAGGUUUGGGUGUUUUGUCACCCAACCCCGCUUUUACCUCAAUGUUAACCACUUUCGGUUUAUCUGGAAUUGUGGGAUAUCAUACUGUAUGGGGAGUAACUCCUGCUUUACAUUCUCCUCUUAUGUCCGUAACCAAUGCUAUUUCAGGUAUUACGGCUGUUGGGGGCUUGCUUCUUAUGGGAGGCGGCUAUUACCCCACUAAUUCAAUUGAAGCAUUAGCAGCAGCCGCGGCGUUUGUCUCGUUUAUUAACGUUUUCGGCGGUUUCGUCGUCACUAAACGAAUGUUAGACAUGUUUAAAAGACCAGAAGACCCCCCUGAAUAUAGCAGCCUUUACGGCAUCCCCGCCGCCGCCUUUCUGGGGGCGUACGCUUGGGCGGCCUUCCAAAACCUCCCCGAAAUCCACCAAGCCGCCUAUCUCGCAGCCUCCUUAUGCUGUGUUGGCGCUCUCGCAGGCCUCAGCUCGCAAAAGACCUCCCGUUUGGGCAACAACAUCGGAAUGAUUGGAGUUUCGGGAGGAAUCGCCGCAACUCUCGGCCAGAUGGCCCCCAGCACUGAAGUGUUAGCCCAAAUGGCCGCUUGUGUGAUCGCGGGCGGCGGUCUUGGAACACUCAUCGCUAAAAGAAUCCAAAUCACGGAUUUGCCACAACUCGUUGCAGGGUUCCACAGUCUGGUAGGAUUGGCAGCCGUGCUGACUUGUACCGCUACUUUUAUUCACGAUUUUCCGAAUUUUGCUACUGAUCCGGCGGCUAAUGUGGUCAAAACGGCACUGUUCUUGGGCACCUACAUCGGUGGGGUGACUUUUAGUGGGUCAUUAAUCGCAUAUGGGAAGCUCCAAGGGGUUUUGAAGUCGAAUCCGUUGCUUUUACCCGGGCGACAUGCCCUGAAUAUGGGUCUGUUGUUGGGAAAUGUGGGCGCAGGGGCCUACUUGUUUUUCGACCCGAGUAUGAUGGGUGGGUUGGGGGCGUUAGGGACGACGGCUGCGUUGUCCACAGCCAUGGGUGUGACCCUUACUUCGGCAAUAGGUGGCGCUGAUAUGCCUGUGGUGAUUACGGUCUUGAACAGUUACUCUGGAUGGGCCCUCUGUGCGGAAGGUUUCAUGUUGAAUAAUAAUUUAAUGACGAUUGUUGGCGCUUUGAUUGGGUCGAGUGGUGCCAUCCUGUCGUAUAUUAUGUGCAAGGCCAUGAAUAGGUCACUCCCUAACGUAAUCCUAGGCGGUUAUGGCACCUCCAGCACCGGUUCAGGCAAACCGAUGGAAAUCACCGGCACUCACACCGAAAUCAAUGUAGAUGGCGCUGUGGAAGCCAUCAACAACGCUCGUAGUAUUAUUAUCGUUCCUGGAUACGGUUUAUGUGUGGCGAAGGCGCAAUAUCCAAUCGCCGAAAUGGUCAGCAUGCUCAAAAGUCAGGGCAAAAAUGUUAGAUUUGCCAUACAUCCAGUAGCCGGCCGUAUGCCAGGCCAACUGAACGUGCUUUUGGCCGAAGCUGGAGUCCCCUAUGACGAUGUCCUCGAAAUGGACGAAAUAAACGACGACUUCCCCGAAACUGACUUGGUGCUGGUGAUUGGAGCCAACGACACCGUCAACAGCGCCGCUGUAGACGACCCCAACUCGCCUAUUGCUGGAAUGCCCGUCCUCAACGUCUGGAAAUCAGAGCAUGUGAUUGUCAUGAAACGAUCACUAGGUGUAGGCUACGCCGCCGUCGAUAAUCCAGUUUUCUACAAACCCAACACGUCCAUGUUACUUGGCGAUGCCAAGAAAACAUGUGAGCAACUCCUAGCAAAAGUGAUAAGUGCUAAUAAAUAAGUCAUUUCCGUUUUUUUUUACAAACUAGAUUAAGUAAUCCAAGGCUUACUUUAUUAUUUUUUAAAAACUUAACAAUUAUUGAUAUUGUGCACCGUCGUCGCGUCUUUUUUGUUUUAAUUCGUAAUUCUGUAAAUAUGAAUGUUCAAAAAUGAAUAAAUCAUUGUGAUAUAAGUA